AUGACACACUGGCUUACCCACCACCAUCACAGCAAGCUAGAACAACUCGAGCAGGAGUUGAAAAGCAUCAAGCAAGUCGUCCAGCCCGCGACCAAUGGAGCAGUCCAGUCCGCCUGGACGCCGCCAAGCCCGCGCGCCGCCAUCCCAGCACUGCCAGAGCAAAAACCCGCGUCGGCUGCCGCCAUCAACACGACGACACCACAGACGCCAACACCUCAGCCGGAAUCGUCAAUUGGCCAGGGACACCCGGGCCAGAGCUCCGAGCGACGUCUGAAAACCGGCCCGACAGAGGCUCGUAUCCUAGGAAACCACAUCGUGUCUGGUGAAGAUAUCGAUUGGUACUUUACCAAAUAUCUCCAACACUUUCAUCGAUUCGUGCCGGUCCUACGCAAAAAGGACCCAGACGACUGCUAUGAGGCAAACCAAACCCUCUUCUGGCUCGUCAUCUAUGUGGCCUGUCGACGCUAUGCCAGAGAUCGUUCCCUCUUCCCCUUGCUGACAGACCACCUGGAAAAGAACAUUUGGACAAUGUCGUCGGUCCCCGCCCUGGAUUUUGACGCCGUGCAUGCCCUCUUAAUCCUGUGUACCUGGCCGAUGCCGAAUGUUCGCUUCGUCGUAGAUACAUCGCCAACCUUUGCCGGCAUAGCGACAACCACAGCCUUGGGACUGGGUUGUCACACAGGCCAGGGGAAGAAUUCUCAAUUCUUGGUCGGCCUGCGCCAGAAUUUUCACGCCACAGACGAAGAGGCUUCUUCCACAUGGUUGGCGUGCUGUAUGCUCUCACAACGAACCGCCGCGGGUAUUGGCAUUCCGCCGCCUUACAUACAACACAGCGACUCCAAGACCAAAGCAGUCCUCGAUGCGUCGCAAUGGGUCGACCUCAUAGUCAUGCACGAUGUACAACGGUUCCUUAACCGCUUUCACACAAGCAUGUUUACACAAGUAACAGCCCACGGCGGCGUCCACGAAUCCGAGGUAGCAAUGUGGGAGACGGAAUUCGAGUCUCUCAAACCCCUCAUCACCAAAUACGACUCGGACAUAUCCCGCUUCUGCCUGCUAGCAGCACAGCUCGAAAUCCAGCUAUGCUACUUCAUAUGGCCGCCCAACACCGCCGUGCCGUCGAUCAAGUCGCACGCCGUGCGCGUCUUCAACACAGCCCGCUCCAUCGUGGCGCACAGCCUCGACCUCGAAACCCGCAUCCAGUUCCUCACCCACUCCCCGCAAUGGGCCAUCAGGACCAACAUCGACGCCGCCUGCAUUAUCAUCUCCAUCCUCCACUCCGACUGCUCGCCGGGCAUGAGCGAGCCCGACGCCGACCUCCUCGUCCAGCAGGCUUGCGGCGCCAUCCUCCGCGCCUCCGUGCGCGACGCCGACCUCGCCCACCGCGCGAGCAUCAUCAUGGAGACCUUCUGGAGCAUACGCAACCUGGUGCCGAGCUUUGGUGCCGCCCCCGGCGCGAGGCCCGACCGCGCGUCCGCAGGAGUCACCUUUUGGUGUCUGGGCAAGUUUCGCACCGCGCUGAGAGACGCCCAGAACAGCACCGACAGGGUGAACAAGGCGCUGGAGAUGAUGCAGGGUCGAUGUGCGAAUUCCACUCCCUGUACACAACCUAACAGUAGCCAGCCACAGCCUGGAAACUUGUCCUCGGAUCCUAUCCAAGAUGUAGACUGGACCAUGUUCAUGGACGACUUUGGAUGGGCCGGAGACGACGCUGUGUUGUUGGGCUUGCCUUGA